ACAGAGUAUUGCUUUCCUUCUCUCAGAGGAAGACCGAAGAAGAAAACACCGUCUAAGAAUGGAAGUGAGGUACCAACACCAGGUUCAGCUGCAUCGAUUCCAUCUAAGAUUAUGAGCGUGGUAACCCCUGAUUCGAAUGUCACUAAGAACGCAGAGGAGAUCCCUAUUACAGUGGAGGAAGCAGAUCUGAGUGCCACACCAAUCACAGAGCAGAAAUCAUAUGCUGCUGUGGUGGGCAAUCAAGAUGAUGAAAUGCAUCUCAAAUAUAUUCCGGCUACAGAGCUCCUUCUCGAUCCAAACCACGACAAUCUGGCCAAUACACGUGCGAAGAUCAAGAUGGAAGAAGCAUUGAAGAAGAUGAUCGAACAACAACGCGAUUGGAUGGCAUCGCAGCUUUCAGAACAAUGGAAACUCAUGGAAGAACAGGUCUCUCGGCUAGCAAAUCAGCUGCAGGAUUUGCAGACACAAGGAUCUGGCAGCUAUCAAGAUAACUAUGGUCAAGGGAGAAAUAACAUUUGUUGGGAUGAGUUUGUCAUGGAUUUGGGGGCCAGAUUCAAGGAAGAUGAUCACAAUGAUAUAGUAGAAGAAUUCAAUAAACUCUGUCAAACAGGAGACUUAGAAGAAUAUGUGGAUAAGUUUGAAGAACUUAAAGGGCUGUUGUUAAGGAAGAGGCCUAACAUGCCUCAGGAGUAUUUCCUGGAUAGCUUUAUUGCAGGACUAAAGCCACAAAUUAAGCCUUUUGUGAAGGCUUUUGCUCCAACAUCAGUAACUAAGGCCAUUAGUUAUGCAAGGUUACAAGAGCAAACUGUGGAGGCCUGGAGAACUCAAGAUAAAUCCAACAAGCACUCACAACUUCAAUCUAACAUGGGGAGGAAUAAUACACCUUUACUAGCUAAGCCUGAAUCAUCUGCCAAAUCCAGCACUCCAACAGGCUAUCAGGGUGCAUUCAGACCUCAGGGCAGUUACAACUCGUCUAGCUCAGCCAAUAAACCAACCUUCACGCAGAGAAAUCCCAAGUUCAUCCCUGCAUCUGUCAGGGCUGAGAAAAUAGCAAAAGGGCUAUGCUAUUAUUGCGAUAAACCAUUUGAGAAGGGACACAAGUGUGAGAACAGGGAGACUCAACUAUUUCUGGUAGAAGUGCUAGGAGAGGAAGAAGCUGAGCAAUUUGAAUUGGCUGAGGCGGAAGCAAGGGUUGAUAAUGACCCCUCCAUUUCAUUUCAUGCUAUAUCUGGGGGCAAUGGAUACCAGACAAUGAGAGUCACUGGACCAGCUAAGAAGAAUAACAUGGCAAAGACCCAGUUUUUGGUUCAGUGGACUGGUCAGUCCCCAGAAGAUGCCACGUGGGAAUGGGCCGAAGAGUUACUGAAAUCCAGGUGCAAGGUUCCUGUGCACAGUGCUCAACCAAAGAUGAAAGAUCGCACAGGGACGGGGAAGUGAGAGGAUGUGAGCAAGAAGAACCCAAAUUUCAAGUUUUUGCCACCAUCUGCUUAAGUUGAAGAAAAGGAAUUGCUUGGUUUGGAUGAGCAAUGCUCACUGUAUGUUCGACGAAAUGACUCAAAGAGACGUAGCCACAUCUACAACGAUUGGAUCUUGCUUAGACGAAGGGGGUUGGCGGCUAGGUAUGUAUACAGCUUCAAUUACAAUUUAAGUUUGAUUUUCAAUCUAAAAGAACCGCAUAGCAGGUAGGUGUUCUCUUCCAUUUGAUCCACACUUCAACUGCAAAGCAAUGUUUUCAUAGCCACUCGAAGCCUGUUGUUCUUUCAGCAAGAAGGAUCCAGAUGUGAUGAUGAAAGAUUGAAAACAUUGUGACUUGCGGAUGGCUAUGAAGAACUUAUUAUGCACGAUGUUUACAUCCUGUUAUGAUGGGUUUAUCAGGCUGAUGGACAUUAAUAAGGAGUUAUUUGAUUCCAUAUAUUAAAGUGAUUAUUCUAUAUGCUCAAUCACAAUGACCGGACAAUUCGAAUUCAUUAUAUUACGCUGAGGGGAUGGGUAUCUUGGAAUAUGGGUCUUGAGAGCUAGAAUGUCCUCAUCAUCAUGGAAAUUGCACGAAGAAAGGAUCAACUCAAUA